AAAACGACUGAAGGGAGUUACCUCAGCGCUUUCCGAGAUAUGAGAUCGGGCCGUUUUCCAGUCGGUCCCCUUUUCUAUUAAAGAAGAAAAUCACAGGGGGAAGAAAGACAGACAGAAACACAGGUACAUUUGGAGUGGUCGCGCCGAAGAGAGCAUAUAGCGCCUUUCUGCUGGCGGAUCAGUCGGUAUCUACGGUGCAUGCACAGCUGCCCCCGUGCGCGCGCGCGUGUGUGUGUUUACAAGUGUUUGAACGAGUGCCACAAACAAGGGAAGGACGAUAAAGCCAAGGAAGGAGGGAUGGUGGACAAUUCAAGCAGUAGUAAGGCACAAAUGCCCAGCAUGUCUCAGGACCCUAGUGUGGCCUUUCCCCAGAGCAGCUCUACAGGGGGGAUGAAGCUAGAAGCAGUAAUGGAGCAGCUCCAGCGCCAGCAGCAGGCCCGACUGGAAAUGGAGCGCAAGGAGAGGAAGCUGCGAGAGGCCCACAUCAUGUAUGCUCAGCAGGUUGCUGCCCAGCAAGCCAUCCUGGCAGCUGCCCGGGCUUCUGGGGCCAGCUUCAUGGGCAAAGGCCUGCCUGUAGGGGUCCCCGGUGGUGGGUUGCCUCCCCGGGUCUCCAACCAGAGCAGUGUGGACUCGGAAAGAGAGGAUGACGAGGACAGAGGCCGGGAUUCCGGGGAUGAAGAUGACGACAAUGAGAUGAUGGAGGGGGACGAGGGCAGUGACGAUGAGGAUGAGGGAAGUGCCAGUGGUCUGGAGUUCCUCCGCAAGCAGACCCUCGCUUUGCAGCAGAGUGCCUCCCGCAUCCCGGCCCGUCCCUUUGGCAGUUACUCUGCGUCAGCCCCCCAGAGGGCCGCAUCCCCACCUAUCAGAGUGAAGCAGGAGCCUGACGAGGGCCUGUCCCCUGCUGGGCCUCGCUCUGCUACGUCUCCUAACGGACAGGCCGACUGGGGCUUUGAUGACUUCAGACAGAAUGGCAGUGCAGGCUGGGCGGAUGAGGCUGACAGUAGCAAAGGAAGAGGAGAAGCCUCCAGAGACUUUGCUAAGUUGUAUGAGCUGGACAAUGACCCCAAAAGGAAAGAGUUUUUGGAUGACCUCUUCACCUUCAUGCAGAAAAGAGGAACCCCAGUCAAUCGUAUCCCCAUCAUGGCCAAGCAGGUCCUGGAUCUGUAUAUGCUGUACAAGCUGGUGACGGAGAAGGGAGGCCUGGUGGAGGUUAUCAACAAGAAGAUCUGGAGAGAAAUCACAAAGGGACUCAAUCUGCCUACCUCCAUCACCAGUGCAGCUUUCACCCUGCGCACACAGUACAUGAAAUACCUGUACCCGUUUGAGUGCGAGAGGAAAGGCCUCAGCUCCCCAGGUGAGCUCCAGGCCGCCAUCGACAGUAACCGGCGCGAGGGCCGUCGUCCGAGCUACAGCAGCAGCCUCUUCCGCUUCUCUCCCUCUCCCAGCACAGCUCCUCACAUCCUCUCACCUCCCAAGAUGCACCUUUCACAUCUGGGGUCAGGGGCCUCGGGGGUCCUCAACGGCCUUCACGCCUCACCAGGUCCCUCUAUGAAGAAAGAUGACCUGACCUCCUCCAUCCUGGCAGCGAGACCCUCCAUGGCACUGGCCCUGGGGCACCAGCAGGUUGCGGGUUUGGCAAGAGCCGCCACGCUGGAGCAGCUGAGAGAAAAGCUGGAGACCAGCGGCGGAGGAGAGGGGCCAGAGAGGAAGAUGGCCCGCAUGGCAGAAGAACAGCAGCGCCUGAUGCAGCAAGCUUUCCAACACAACCUGCUGGCCAUGGCUUCCCAAAUGCCCAUGAACCUGCGCCUGGGAGCCCCCACCAUCACCACCAGAGAUGAGAAGCAGCAGGACAUGUCUCUGAGCAUCUCAACCAAUGGAAAUGCCAGCAUCACUGUCUCCGUGGAAGUCAACGGCACAAUCUACUCAGGAACCCUGUUUGCCCAGAAGUCUGGUGGGGCCCCCGGGUCUGCUGUGGCAGCUGCUGCUGCUUCAGCUUCCGUUGCUGGAACCAGCACUAGCUUUAACUUCUCUGCACCCCUGGCACAGACCCUCAGCCCCACGUCCUCCUCCUCCUCCAAGGGUCCCAGCUCAGCUGAGCCGGCCCCCAGCGGGUCGCCCUAACUCAGGCUGCCCUUUGUACCUGCUCCACAGGCCUCUCUUCCACCGGGAGGCCCAGCAAGAAUAUACAGUACAAUGAGAAAUCGAUAAGAAUAACAAACUGUUGCACAACAAAUACCUCAUCAACCCUGUCAACCUCUUGGCUGUCCAAUCAUGAACACAGAGCCCAAGAAUAUUAUAUGACAGCACGUGCCCAAACGCACAGCUAUGCAUUUUAUUCAACAUACAAACGCAUACACGCACUACACUACAAACACACACAAUUAUACAUAUACAGGCACACAGUCUACACAUACAUACUCUCGUUAAUCCUAAUGUACAUGCUUAACACAAUCAGCUCAGCCAAAACCCACUGACAGGUGUAGUCACAACUGAACUUGAAAAGUUUUUAUCUUAGGACAUUUUGUUUUGUUUGUUGCCAUUUUGUUGUCUUUUUGAUUUUGUGUUUUUAGAAUGAUUUUGUUUUUAGUUUUACUCUUUUUACAUACCUCAAAUCAAGUAACCUGCAGUGGUGUCUUUACCUCAGGAGCUGUAGUAUAUUUAACCUGAAUCAACUUUAUUUUUAUAUUCUUUUUGACCUAGUUGCAAUCAGGGGAAGUCGGGUAACUCUCACCAGUGGGACCUCAUGUACAGAGCACCCACCACACAGUGGCAGGCCUCCAACCCGGACCGCUCAGGUUUCUUCAACACACUGUAGACUCUUGCUGAACUCCAAACUGGUGACCGAUCAGAUGCUGUAGACCAGCACGCACCUAAUUUCGUGACUCCGCCCUCAGUUCAGAUCAUGUUAAGUCCAUUAUAUUGGUUGGAAGUUUAAUGAUGUACACGAACCUCCCAAAAUGGACGGGAUUUCUCCAAGCUGUAAACUCUCACUAACAAUGGAUGGCAUUUUUUUUAUGUCCACCUAAAAAUCCAACUUAUUGCAGGUCCAUACAAACUGUCUUUAAACACGUAGGGCACAAAGUUGGGGGAACGGCAACUCCAGUCCACCCACAGCAGGCCGAGCAGACCCUGAGCUCAUUUCUCAUGUUACAGAGAGGUUGUACCGAAUCCGGUUUGAGGUUUGUUGUCCCCCAUUUUGUUUGUGCAUUCUUCCUCCAGCCGCAGCCACACAGCUGAAUGUCAAUCACAUGGCAUCAUCGUCAAUGCAUAGUUCUCAGACGUCAUACUGGCCUCUCUGCACUGGAGAGCGUCUCUCUCAGGAACCAAUGUGACACCUGCAAGGAAUCGCUGUUAAUUUAAAGAAAAAGAAGGGAUUCAUACGUGAAGAAUGCACAAGUCUACGUGACCGUUCAAGAAUACCUCAUCAGACUCUCUCAAAAGGAGAGCUACACUACAUACCUCAUAGGGCGCCAACGCCAUCAAAGACUUUACGCCACAACCUGCGAUGGAAAUCCUACCUGAACUGAAACUGACGUGAACAUACUGACACGCUGCUGGUGGUUUCUGGGGACAAACCGAACCGGGAUGGGCUCGCUAUCUCUCUCCUCCCGUGUUCACUUGUGUAACUUUUUUUUUUUUCUGGCUUGCUUCCAUUUCCUUUCUUUUUUUUUUUUUUUUAUUACCUCAAGUUGUUUUUUCAGGGAAGAGGAAAAGAAUAGAUAGUUCCUCACUGACACGUGUAGAUUUGUACGAUUGUCAACAGGUUUCCACGUCGCAGGGGUCAAACAAUUUAAAACAAUCGACCACGUUAACCUUAAGCUCGACUGCGAACACCUAAAUCGCAGUUAACGCGCCUUUUUCUUCACGACAGCGGCAAGAUGAUAUGCACGUGUACAAUCAUGUGACCAGUGUUUUAACACGCUAAUCUUCUGGUUCACGUUAGCCUCGGGUUAUUGCACAGCUAGAUACCAAAGACUAGCCAGGUCGCUCUUCUUGAUUUGAUCUCUCGUACAAUCCUGCCACACCUGCUGUGGUCACAGCAAGGCAGUUUAAGGUCUGUUUAUGGACUGCAAAAAAGAAAAAGAACGUUGCAUUUUCUCAUUUAAUCUGAUUUUGUGUUUUUUUUUUUUUAAAGCAAGUGAAAAUCUGCAAGAGGUAAAUUCCCUUGUUUCACAUUUUUUACAGCAUGACUUGAUUAUUGAAAAGUUACGAUGGAAAUAAGUAAUUUAAAACUGGAUUUAGGGACUCAAAAUCUGAUGUACAGACAUUGUACAGAUAUUUAAGUUUUGUUAUCCAGAACA